GUCAAUAUAUCACAAGUAUUACAAGUUCAACAAGCUCAGUACGAACUACAAAGCGAUUUUUUACAUCUGUCAAAUGGCGCAAGCUUUCACCUAUUAUCCUUUGGAUCCGUCCUCUAAAUGUAUUAGGCUUCUUGAAUUACUGCCAUCUUCACCGUCUGAAACCGUUCGCUGCAAACUACAUGUUGUCGACCGAACCUGCUGUCCAUCUUACGUUGCUUUAUCAUAUACCUGGGGUUCUCCGCAAAACAGGCAACCAAUUGAUUUGGAUGAUAUGGAGUUUCACGUGCAAGAAAAUCUGGGGAACUUUCUGAGUACCAUGAGAUUAUGCCGGAGAUGGCAGCUCUUCUGGAUUGACGCAAUAUGUAUCAAUCAGUCCAGUAUUUCGGAGCGGAAUCACCAAGUCAACAUGAUGAGGGAUAUAUAUGCCGGAGCAGAACUUACGGUGGUAUGGCUAGGCCAAGCCACUGAUUCCAGUGACCUCGCUAUCAAAUGUAUCGCAAAUCCAGGUCUACCAGCUCAAGAAACCAGAUCAGCCUUGGAGAAAGUAUUACAAAGUCUACUGGAGCAACCAUAUUGGAGUCGAAUAUGGAUUGUUCAAGAGCUCAUGCUCGCAAAACACGUCAUGUUUUACCGCGGCACAAAGAGCUUUAGUUAGCAUCAGUUGGCAUCUCUUCGCCAGACGAUAAAAACCCAUGUCGUGCACCAUGAUUCAUUGGGUAUCUCAAAAUGUACAGGUUCGGUGAUGAUCGCACAGAAAGUACUCUGGGAUAGCCUUCCUAAAGAUGACCAGCACUUACCCC